ACCAAGAAUUUUACUUCCUUCAAGGUAAUUUUACGUCCAUUUCCGGAAGUUAUAAGAAAGAAAUAAAAACAAUUUCAAAGAUUGUUAAAAUGUGAGCGUCGGUGAGAUAAUUUGAGAAGGGUUUUAGUACAAUCAAGAUGGCCGAAGCUUUGGUCAGGCCUAAGACAAUCAUUGCCAAUAGCCAGGUCAUCCGAGAAACAAAAAGUGGCUCUGCUGCUAAAGGUAAAGAAAUUAGGAAAAGCAAAGCAGCACUGGAAGAGAAAGGCACAAUUCUUGUGAGACAGCCACUACCAAAAUACAACUUCCAAACACAAACAAGAAAACCAGUGGAAAGCAGCAAAGGGGAGACAAAAUAUGUUCAACCUGUAGCAAAUGUUGAGCCUUACCCCAGAGAAAGCUCUUCAGAAAAUGGAGGUAAACUUGUAUACAAAGUAAGUCCCCUGAAGACAGGGGAUAUGGACAUGUCUAAUAAAAGUGGAGAUGGAAAGGAAGGCAUUUUAGUGAGGAAAGCUCCUGAGUUGGUGGAGGAUAAUGGCAGAGAUAAUGCUGAAGAAGCAGGAGGAAGACUAGAAUCUGAAGAGAUUAAAAAACUCAGGGAAGAAAAUGCAGCUUUAAGGAAGCAAAUGGACACCCAGAUUGCCAGCCUGACGAAACAGCUUGAUGUACAGCUUCAGAUUAACACAGAGCUUAAGAAGCUGUUGGUGGCAUCAGUAGGGGAUGACCUGCAUUUCACAAUGGAGCAUCUUGUCAGAGACAAAGCUCAGCUCUCCAAGGAACUUGGUCAUUUCUCCAAGAAGCUGUCAGAUGACUAUGAACAUAUGGAUAAAAUCUCAAUCCAGGCAGACAUGUGGCGCAGCAAGUUUUUAGCGAGUCGAGUUAUGAUUGAUGAACUGGCUGCAGAUAAAGCUUACUUUGCAAUGCUCUGUCAGGAAUCCCAGCAUGCAUUGCAACAGUUGCUAAAUGAUAGGCAUGAACUGCGGAGAAAUCUCUUCGAGACGUACAAGAGUUUAGAACAAAUCAGAUCUGCUUUUGACCCACUAACUGCCAAGAAAACCCCAAAGGUACCCUCCACAAAUGCCUUGGACCUGGCUCGUAUGAACCAGAGACUGGCAGAGAAUAUUCGAUAUCGACUACUGCCCCAUGACACUGUGAUUCAGAUGGAGCCUACCCCACCAUGGGAAGACAAUCUCACCCUGGCAGAAUCAUAUGCCCACCAGCUGUUGUCUAGGGAAACAGAAAAAGAAACCAAUCAAAUGACCUUGACCUCAGCUGUUGCCAGUCGUUACCAUCCAUAUGCCAAGUUUGACAAUCUGACCUUCAACUGCUGUGAAAAAUGCAAAGGAGAAUUAACUUCUGUCUGACUGUAAGCAUUUUGAAUGAUUUAAGAUCUUCUUCUUAUAAAGUAGGCUCUAAUCAGACAAAGGUAUGGAUUCUUUUUUUUAAUAUAUCAAAUUUAUACAACUACUAUAUUGAAUCUAGGAAAGGACUUGACAUCUAUAUAUUUUUUGUGUUUUUAAAACGUGUACAAUAUAUUUCU